AAAACUAAAUAAGUUUUCUUACAAAGAAUAAUGAUUUAAUUUCUAAAAAAAGUCUUACAUAUCUAACUAAUGAUUUUUUUCAAUAACAUUAAUGGUUUUAUUUCAAGUUCAAUAUAGAAAAUAAUUAACUAUUAAAGUAUAUUUACUUAUGAUAAUAAUUUUCUAAAUUUAUAAAACUACCUAAGAUAGCUGAAAUAGAGAUCUUAGAUAUUUAUUUCAAGAAUCUGACCAAAUAUAGCCUCACUCUUACGUUAUUUGUCCCCUCUGGUCUCUUUGUUUUCUCUCUGCAUUGAUUCACUUCACAACUCCACUUCUCCUUCCUUCACCACAUCCUCUUCUUCUUCAUCCAUGGCUGCUUCUGUGCUAACCGACGUCGUUGAAGCCAACCCUAUUCUCGAGCAAUUUGUGUUUCCGCCUUACGAUGUUAUUGAACCCAAACAUGUUCGACCUGCCAUUCGUACCCUUCUUGAUAAACUGGAACGUGAUUUGGAGGAACUUGAAAGGACUGUGGAACCUUCAUGGCCUAAAUUGGUAGAACCAUUGGAGAAAAUUGUGGACCGGUUGGAUGUUGUUUGGGGUAUGAUCAAUCAUCUUAAAACUGUUAAGGAUAAUGCUGAGCUCCGUUCAGCCAUUGAAGAUGUUCAGGCAGAAAAAGUUAAGUUUGAGGUUAGACUGGGCCAAAGCAAACCUAUUUAUAAUGCAUUCAAAGCUAUUAAAGAGUCUCCUGAUUGGAAGACACUUAGUGAUGCUCGCAGGAGAAUUGUUGAAAACCAAAUAACGGAGGCAGUUCUUAGUGGUGUUUCUCUUGAAGAUGAUAAAAGAGAACAAUUUAACAAAAUUGAACAGGAGCUGAAAAGAUUAUCAGAAAAACUUGGGGACAACGUUCUGGAUGCAACCAAAAAGUUCGAAAAGCUCAUUACAGAUAAGAAAGAGAUUGAAGGAUUACCUGCUACUGCUCUUGGGUUGGCUGCACAAACUGCAGUAUCCAAGGGGCAUGAAAAUGCCACCGCUGAAAAUGGGCCAUGGGUAAUUACAUUGGACGCUCCAAGUUAUAUUGCUGUUAUGCAACAUGCUCGCAAUCGUUCUUUGCGUGAGGAAGUCUACCGUGCGCGUAUAACACUGGCAUCUAGUGGAGAUUUGGAUAAUACUGUACUGAUGGAGCAAAUGUUAAAGCUUAGGUUGGAAAAGGCGAGGCUUCUCAACUACAAUAACUUUGCUGAGGUUAGCAUGGCAACUAAAAUGGCAACUCUUGAUAAAGCAGAAGAACUUCUAGAAAAGCUUCAUAGAGCUUCCUGGGAUGCUGCAGUACAAGAUCUAGAAGAUCUUAAGAAAUUCUCAAAAGACCAGGGUGCACUGGAAGCUGAUGAUUUGAAAAAUUGGGACAUUAGGUUUUGGAGUGAGAGGCUUUGUGAAUCAAAAUAUGACAUUAACGAGGAAGAACUGCGUCCGUAUUUCUCAUUGCCAAAUGUUAUGAAUGGACUCUUUGACCUUGCAAAAACACUUUUUGGUGUUGAAAUUGAGCCAGCUGAUGGUCUAGCCCCGGUUUGGGAUAAAGAUGUUAAGUUUUUUCGUGUUAAAGAUUCUUCAGGUAGUCCAGUUGCGUAUUUUUAUUUUGAUCCCUACAGUCGUCCUUCUGAAAAAAUGCAAAGCGCAUGGACGCGCGGAGUUGUUUCUCGUAGUCGUGUACUGUCACCUGAUGGUACCUCAUCAAGGUUGCCUGUUGCCCUAAUGGUGUGCAAUCAAACACCUCCAGUAGGAAGCAAGCCAAGUUUAAUGACAUUCUCUGAGGUUGGGAUUGUCUUCCAUGAAUUCGGCCACGCACUUCAACACAUGCUUACUAAGGAGGAUGAGGGUCUAGUUUCUGGUCUUAGGGGAAUAGAGGUGGAUGCUAUUGAAUUACCUUCUCAGUUUAUGGAAAACUAGUGUUACCAUAUGAUAGGAAUGGAUCGGACCCCACAAGUGAUGAUGGGGAUGUGUUAGUUAAUAAAGAUAAUUUGGGGCCUAAACAAUGGAGAGUAUAUGUGAGAAAGAAUAAGAAAGGCCCAGUUAAUUAGUAUUCCCAUAUAAAUAGGAAUUAGUUUAGAUUUCUCAUAUAAAUAGGAGUAAGUUUAGAUUUCCCAUAUAAAUAGGAGUUAGUUUAGAUUUCCCAUAUAAAUAGGUGUAUGGGGCAGUAGCUAGGUAUCUUAUUAUUAUUUUCUGUUUUCCUUAUUAGGAUUUAGGCAGUGAGAGAAUUGUUUUCUCUAACUGAGGAGCAUUUGCUCUGGAUUUCUUUUCUGUUUUCAUAAUCAUUAAUAAAUUAAUUUUCUCCAUUAUAUUCUA